AUGGUUCUCAAGAUCCACACAUAUAAAUGGGGAAAUGAGAAGAAAAUCAUGUGGGUGGGUCUAGCUGGUGACGGAGGAGAGAUAAAGCAAGCAGGGGUGGUCGGAGCUAGAGUUUGGUCUCAUUUUCAGCAAGGAGGAAGAUUGAAGUUCACCAGGAAGCACCGUUGUGGUCAAUUGACUCAGUCAUCAACAACUCCAUCGAACUGGUUGGAGGUCGAUGCAGGUGGAGAAGGAAAUGGGCGAAGAUGGAGGUUUGGGAUGAAAACCGUCUUGAAGGCCGAUGAAGAUGCAGACACUGGAAAAAUCUCCAUCGGAAAAGCUUGCUCCAGCAAAGUCGACGUCGGUAAAGCCAAGGUUCAAGCAAAAGAUUUGGUGGUGGUGAUGUGA